AUGGUUACAACAAGCUCAUCAAGAAAUUCUCAAUCUCACUCUUUUAGCCAACCAUUGGGCAAGACGUCAUUUUUGAAUGAAUACCGUCAAGAAAAGAUACAAAAGAUUUCAAAUGAUGGCAAGUCCGAACUUGAAAUAUACCUGAAUGAAAAAUGUUUGGAUGAUAACGUAGAUAUUCUUCAAUAUGGGAAAUUAAAUAGUGUUCGAUUUCCUCAACUUCCUAUAAUGGCUUGUAAAAUUUUAAGCAUUACAAUCACAACAGUGACUUAUAAAUCUUCUUUUAGCAUUGGAGGUCAUAUUUUGCAUAAGUAUAGGAAUUGUUUACUCCCUUAA